UGGGCGGCCGCUGCAGUUGGAGCGAUGGUGGCGGUGGCGCGGCAGCAGCAGGAGCUUAACGUCCGCCCGAGGCAAUGGGCGCCCAAGCGGCUUCUUGGCUUCGCUGCUCCGACGGGGAUCUCGGAUCCGAGCCUGGCGCGGAGGCAAGAGGAGUGCUGCCGGGAUCGCGAUGGAGGAGAAUCCAAGGAGAGUUCGGAAGACACUUUAUGCAGGCGGGAGGAUGGUGGUGGUCGCGGAUCGACCGUUGGAAACAAAAUAGAAAUGGAAUCGAAGAUGGAAGUAAUGAGAAAAAAUAUAAAGGGAUUAUUUUUGGUGGAUCAAAAUUGUCUAAAAAAAUUUACAAUUCCUAAAAAACCUCCUGAUAAAGAUUUUUUAACAGAGUGCCCUGCUAAUAAGAGGGACUACAGUGAGAUUAAACAACGUCUGAAUGAAAAUUGUCUUGAUAUACAGUGCCAUUUGGAAUCUUUAUGGCAGUUUCAUAAAAUAGAGAUGGUUCAUAAUAAAGAUUUGGAAGAAGAAUUCAUUGCAAAAAGGACUGAGUUACGUGAAGAAGGAAAGCAAGAUAAAGAACUCUCUAGCUUUUUAGUUGUCUCUAGAGAUGAAGUGCCACAAAUUUGUCAGCAUGGCCUAUGUACCACCGGUCAUUCCAUAAACAUCAUGAAAGAAUUAGGAAACCCUCAGCUGGGAGUUUAUUUGUUCCGAUAUGUUGAUAUUGCUUUGAAUUAUGCAUCCAAACAUUCAUUUCCAGUGGAAAAUAUCAUUAUAUUCAGGGUUCUUUUAGGAAAAGUUAAAAAGGUUCAACCACCUAAAAGCCAAAAGAAAAUUGUACUGGAUCCAACUCCAAACUUCGACUGCCAUAUGUCUAGAAUUCAUCCUUCACUUAAGGAUUCUUUGGAGGAUCAGGCUACUGGGUCCUUGGUAUAUUUUUAUGAAUAUAACGAAGAUUCAAAACCUGUGGAUAAGCCCAGACAAUGUCUUCCAUAUGCUGUAAUACAUGUAAAAUCUGUUAAUCAGAAAGGAGGGGCUGAUUCCUUUCUAACAUCUUUGAAGUGUAGACUUAAAAGAUUACCCAAGCAUACUGGAGGAGUUAUCCCUUUGGAAAACUGUACACGGGUGACCAGGAUAGGUAAAAGCCAACUCAUCUACGAACAUUUCAGAAAACCACUAGAAAUGGAUGUAUCUGGAGAAGUUUCUUCUUUAUCUAGAAGCACACAGAACUGGAAUGAUUCUGAAGACAAAAUUCAUGGUGGAAAAAAGAAACGCAAGCCAGCUACAAGAUGGGAUUCAACACAAAUGAAAACAAAUAUUCUAUGUAAAUCUGACAUGGAAGCCAGCAAAGAUAUCAGAGGUGAACAUGUGGGGGACGAUAAGAAGCAUAGUUUAAAAAUAAAUCCGGAAGAUUUUUAUGACUGGGAAAUUGGUUCAAGUACUGUAACUACUUCAAAAUCAAUGAAAGAUCCAAGAUUAACAAGAAGAGAACAGAAUGUGGUGAAGCAAAAUGAAGAACAUAUUGUGAAACCACCAUUCUGUAAUGACACCAGUAUAAGCACACACAAACCAAGUCCUGAAAAUAUAAUAUCUAGCAAAAACAAGAAGUACAAUAGAGAAGAAAUGGAUAGCCAAUUUCAAGAGAAUAAUAUUUUUCCUUCUGAAACAGAGCAUUCAAUUCCUCUUGACACCAAAUGUACUUCAUCUAGAGGAGAACAUUGUGGUAAUAUUUUUCAACCUGCAUGCUGUAAAAAAAUGUAUGCUUAUGAACGGCCCUCAGAGGAAACUACAUCAGAGAAUUUUAAACAAAAUAAGCUUCAAGCUCUGAACAUAUUAAAUGUAAAAUCUAAAAACUCCAACAUGGCUGAAGCCAAUCAAAAAGAUAAGCAAAUAUAUUCACCGUCUGAAAAAGCAAAUAAUUCCCUAGAUAAUGAUUAUAUACUAAACAAUAUCAAAGAAAAAUCUUCCAAAAGAAUUAGCAAUAUAGAGAGCCUCAGGUAUCAUCCUUCUGAUACCUGUAAAACUGCUGUUAUAAGAGGCCUUAGUGAAGAAAGUAUGUGUCUUUCCAAGCCAGAAUUGUUAGAUCAAAAUAAUUUUGAGGACGUUUCCUUGGGGUUAUUUUGUGAAGGACAAAAGAACUGUAAAACAAACAACACAGUGGAAACAUGCUUUAAUGAAAUACAUGUAAACCAAUUAGAGAAGGUUCCAUGUGGACAAGAAAGCAAAAAGUAUAAAUCUGCAACAGAAACUGCAUUUAAAAAUGCAACAGAAAACUCAUUAAGAAAAAAGCAAGAGCCUGAUAAGAAGGUCUUGAAGAAACCGGCAGAUAAUAUGAACAAUUGUACAGAAACAUCAGAAAAUUCAAAUACUUUAGAUUUUUUUUUUAACUUGAAUCUUCAAAGAAGCUCGUUAAUAGAAACAGAACAAACAAACACAGAACAUUGCAAAGAGAAGUUUGAAGAAUUGCAAACAUUGCCUACUAAAAAUAUUGACUUGACAGAUCACGAGAAAUUAAAUCACACAACAUUACUCACAUCGGUUCCUAUAUCUUUGGGAAAUAUGGGAAAUAAGGAAAUCAACAAACAGUCAGAAAAUACAACAUUUUCAAAUGCCAGUUCUGAAAGUUUUUGUAGUCAAGUUCAUGAAUUAUUUGGGCAAGAUAUAGAGAUGAAAAGUGAUAACACCCACAGCUUAGACAUUUCUGGUGAGAUAGAAAAUGUACUAGAAGAGUGUAAGAAACGUCUCUCAAUGUGGCACAAGCCAUGUAAUCAUGGAAAUAUUAGUGAAGAUAAUGUCUAUUAUUAUUUACAAGCACGUUUAGAUUGGGACAAUCUGCUUGGAAAACCUAGCUCGAACGUAGAUCUUUCAAAAAAUCCAACUUCGAAGGCAAAUAACGGUAAUUCUUCAAAUAUGGAGAAAUCUGGGGAGGAAAGAGGAACUGAGUUAUUUAAUACAUUUUCAUGCCCUGAUUUACAAAUUACAAUAACCAAUAUAGUUCAGUCAAAAUUAGAAACUAAAAUGGAAAAAUGUUCAACAAAAUAUUCAGCACCAAAAAAAUGUAUUAAGUGGUCAAGCGGGGGAAAAAAGAAAAAAUAUGCAAAGGGACAACAAAACUCCAAACAGUAUUGCAAAAAGAAAGAACUCAACAUACGGUCUUCACCCCAGAGUUCUUCACUAUCCAAGGGACAGUUUAAAAAAAAUGAGCAGCCUGAAAAAUAUAUUAAGAAUAUUUUAAGUGCACUUGACAACACUGAAGCAUUGCUAUGCAAAACCAAAUGCCCAUCUCAAAAAAUAAUUGGUGCAAUGUUUCACCUAAGAAAAGCUCGGAAGACUGUUCAGAGUUUAAAAACGGUAACAAAAUCUGGAAGAAAAACUGCAGGUAGUGUGUUGUCCAAAACAAGAAACAACUUACUGAAUGGUGCCUUAUUGUUAGAUUCUUUUGAAACAUCUGAUUGCAGUAUAGAUUUUAGCAGUGAUUGUGCAAAAAAUAAAGCAAUAAAAACAGUCUCUGAAAAAAAUGCCAUCUUAGAUACUACAGAAAUUAAAAGUAUAGAGCCACUUAGCGGUGAGCCUAUCAUAUGCAACAAGAAGAGAUUUGCUGGGGAAGGCCUUUUUGGAAAUACCCAAGAAAAGAAUCAAGAGAAUAGGCAUUAUAAAUCAUUUGGCAAGUCAGCUGAACACCAAGGAAAUACUACUAACAAAAUAUCAUCUUGUGGUGACCUGCUGUCUCCUACAUCCCUUGAAGAUAAUAAUUUGUGCCAAUCCACUCAUUGUUGCGUAUUACAGAAACUUCAAGAGGAAAACAUGAAGGAAAGAGGACUACCAGAAACCAUGACUGACUCUGCAACUGGAAGACUAGAUAUAAUCCAUGACACUCCUCUGAAGUCCUUAAAUAACCUAGAUUUAAGACAGAAAAACCUGAAACAAAUAAAUCAUGUCAUCCUUGGGGAAUCCACAUGCAGGCAGACUUCCUCAGGCAGUGCUGAUAACUGUGACCAGCUUCCUUUUAAUUCGCCACUAACUGCACUUUAUCAUGUCAUGCCCAAUAAAACAAACCAAUCCUUCACUAGCACCGAGACCAAGCAAAAUGAACGCUAUUUUCCAAGCCCCUCUUUUGACCAUUGCAGUGAUUUCAGCAAUCACAUCAAACUUUCCGAAGUAGGAAUUGGUCUAAAAUCCUGUGAUUUUAACUGUAAAAUAUCAGAGAUCUUACAAAAGGCCGAUAAAACUUCAUCUCUGAAUAUACUGCACGAACAGGUUUCAUAUUGCCAAAGUGCUCUUCCUUUGUUCAUUGCAGCUUUUGAAAAAAAGCAAGGUUGUUCUUUUGAGUGUGUUCUGUUUUCUAGGGAACUACUUGAAAGCUCUAACGGAAAUAUGCAAGCAAGUCAGAAACUAAAACCUUGUGCUAUAGAAGCAUUAGUUGAGCUGCAAAUUAUAAUGGAAACAAUGGAGUUUAUAGAGAAUAAGAAAAGAUUUUUAAAAGGUGAGCCAACUUUUCGAAGUUUGCUUUGGUAUGAUGAUUCUCUGUGUAGCGAACUGUUUGGUGGGCAGUCAGGUUAUCAACAGCAGUCAAAUUUAUAUCCUGCUUUUCAGAUGAGAUUAAAAUACAAUGCCCUUAAUGAAUUACAAAUCUACCACAAGCAGUUAAUGGAAGCUUUUGAAAACACUAUAUCUGAGAAUGAUUCUUAUUAUUGCUUGUUGAAAUUAAGGCGAGAAAUAGAAGAGUGUGAAUCAGUAAUGAGACAGAUUUCCAAUGUAUCUGAUUUUUUUUUAUCUGUGCCUUUUACUUGUGGAGCUAACUUUGGAGAUUCUAUAGAAGACCUAGAAAAUUCAAGAAAAGGUACAAUGGAUUUAAUAAAUGUAUCCAAAAGCCUUCCAGGCAUGAAUUUGAGUAGUGAAAAAGAUAAUCAUCUCUGGAUCAUUAUUGAGAUUAUUGGUAAAAAAAUGGAAUUUGUAAAGGCGUGUACCAAUGAAGAGUUCAAUCUUAAAACUUCAUUAUUUGGUCUGGAACAUAUAUUUUUUGAUGCUGCUAAAAACCUUGUUUGUCGAGAAAGAGAUACAUUUUUGAAUAACCAUUUGGAGGAUGGGAAAGAAGUGCUCCAAAUAUAUGAAAUUGCUGUGGCUAAACUCUAUGACAUUUAUGAAAGUAUGAUGGAAAAUUCUGGAUGUGGAAAUGAUAAUAGAACUUUUGGAGGAUAUACUGAGAAAUGUACAGAAGACUCUUCUAACUGUAAAGAUGUACGUUCUCAACACAAUGCAAAUUGCUUCAUUGAAAAGUCUCUAACUUCACAAGAUAGUUGUAAUAUAAGUGAAAUCUUGGAUGAAGCACAAUCUGCAGAUAUUGAAAGACUGCAACAGCUCAUGGGCAAAUGUACAGUACAGAUGGAAAUACUGAAAAAGUAUUUUCAGAUUUUACAAGAAGAGGAUGUAACUGUACUGAUAACCCAAGAAAAUAUAUUGGAGUUCAUGAAGCAUGGAGGAAUUAAUCCUGUCAUUCUGAAGCCAGAAGCUAUUGAAAUAUAUACUGAAUUGGCAAUGAUAUAUGAAACUAUUUUUUUCCUUAAAAACUCAAUAGCGAAGCAAGGAGAUAAUCCGCGAUUUCGUAGUUUAUUAUGGUUUGAUUUAUCACUUCUGCCUGAACUUUUCCAGUGCCAAGAAAAAAUGGCUUUCCUGUCUUAUAGGAAAGACAAGCUUAUAGAAACAGUAGAGGCUUCCAUCUUUGAACUUCAGGAGGAGUUGAAUGUUACUUAUGACUAUGCAGAAAGUUUAAAUUGCUCAUAUGCACUUCAUCUUCUCACAAGAGAACUUGCUGAACUUUCAGAAACAAGAAAAAUGUUAGGAACAUCCAAGUCCCCUGUCUCCAUGUGUGUAGACUUGGCACCGUAUGCUAUCGCUUUAAAUUAUGGAAGUACAGUUUCUGAAUUAGACUGUAAUUAUAACCAAUUUUCUUCACUUCUUGAGAAAUUGAUGUUGGCCGAAAAGAAAGAUUUAGGAAAAAUGGCUCACAUUAUGAAGAUGAUGAAAACCAUUGAGCAUAUGAAGUUUAUCUGUUCCACACAAGGAAAAUCUCCUCUUCCUGUGAUUAUACAUCAGAUGCUUAAAAACUGGAGAAAAGCUUGUCAGUUGAAACGGCAGCUUGUGGGAACACGAUUGGAUCACAGUGGCCAAAAUCUUCAGACUUCCCAAAUUCUACAUAAAAGACCAUUUAAUGUAACUUUAGAAGAAGAUGAGCCCUGCCCAUUAGAAGAAAAGAUUGAUGUCUCACAUAACAAAAAGAAAAAGGUAGCUGCUUCGUUGAUGACAACUAUCAAGAUAGAUGAAAAGGAAGUCAACAGAAACAUGAGAAACAAUGGAAAGUGUAAUUCCUCAGAAGGUGAAGGACCACAGUUAAGAACUCCACUGGAAACCCAGUAUAGAAACAAUAGGAAUUUGAGAGAGAAAACACCAAUCACAUUUUCACAGUUAAAAGCUGCUUAUCCCUAUGAACAUAUUCAUGCUUCACCAAAUACCUCAGAACUCAAAUUCAAUAAUGCAGAUGCAUUACCAAUUCAGCAAAAUUUGCAAGAUCUAAAAAAUGUCAAAGAGGGAAGAAAAACCUAUCAGAAUGCAAAGGAACAUGAUGAAUAUUUUUCAUCCUAUAGUGAUAUAAAUAAAUGCAUGUCUGUAUCUCCAGUGAAAGUUCAGAGAUCUCCUGAAGAAGCUAUUAGCUCAGUGGAAAAAUUAGGUGAAGGUGAUUUUCUACCAGCCACAAAAAAUGCACAGCAAGACUUAAAAUCAGGUGUUUUUCAAAAUUAUUCAAAUGUAGAGUCUAAAUGCCACAUAGGCAUUAGUUUAUGUCCAGACAAUAGUGCAAAUAGUGAAAAAUCUGAAAUUCCCAAAUACCCAUCCCCAUAUAAUUCAGAAUCCUCAAUGGUGACAGAAUUAAAUAAAUCCAUGGAACAGCGAAGUUUCCAGUCCGAACCUUCUUUCAGUGACAAUAUCCAAAAUUGUGGUGAGUGGUCUAUUAGUCAAAAUGAAUAUUUUGAGGGAACUUCUAUGCACAUAUGUAGGACUGUCUAUCCUUACUAUUCUUGGUACUUCUGUCAAACUAGUAAUUCCCACUUAGUAACUCAGACUUACCAAGAAUUGAAUUCCUAUGAAAUAUAUCCAUUAAAUCCUGCAGUGUCUGCAACUGCAUGUAUUGUGAAUACUGCAUACUCCGGUAGGUUUCAUACACAGACCAUUAGUCACUUUGGUGUUAGAGAAUCACAAAGUUUUAACAUUGCACAGGUCUAUCCAAUGCAUGGGUACUUCAGUUCCAUAGCAGCUUAUCCAUACAGUUAUCAUCAGCAGCAAACAUGGUAUGAAGAAACUUGGCCUUUGUCACAUGCUGUUUUUCCAUAUCCUUCCAAUACUGGUUUGUGAAACAAUGCCAUUCAAUAAAUAUUAUAUCACCAGUAUUUCUGGAGGUGAUAUUUUUGGAAUGACAGUUAAUGAUUGUCAACAUCUUUUUGUCUGGCAAAGAUAAAAUCCAGUUAGGUUCAAGUUAUGACACAGGGAUGGUGAAUUGGUUCAAGCUUUUUAGGUUUCUUCUUACAUAGUAGCACAGCCAUGACUGUAUGGAAGAAAUAAUACCGACCAAUAUAUUUGUUAAAUUUAUUUGCCGCCUAUCUCGCCAUGAGGCUAUUCUAGGUGACUUAACAAUAAAAAGGAAGAAAUGAAAAGAGUGUAAACAGAAAUAAAAUAGAACAAUAAAAUCAGUGAAAAAACAAUGGGUAUACAACAGUAUGAUAAUUCUAAUAUAGAAUUCUAAUAUAUUACAAGAAGCAUUUCCCAGCAAUUAUUUCAAAACCACACAAGCCCCAUUUAUCUUCAACUAGGAAGUGAAUUAGAUACCUCCAGUUUACUAUUCUGAAUUCAUCUUGCAAUGUUAAUAAAGCAUUUGCAGGGAAAAAAAUAAUUAUAGAUUUCUUGAUUCUUGUGCUCUAAUACUUUGCUCUAGAUACUUGUGUUUAACCUUCUUUCCAUAAAUCAGAAAAAAAUGUUGAUCUGGGAGAGUAGCCUGAUCAGUAGUUAGAGAAAAAAAAACAUCUACACCCAUCAUUUUUAUUCCAUCUCAGUAAUACAGGCUUGGAAACGCUACAUAUUUACUAAGGUAGCACAUAUUUCUGCUCUAAAAUUGAUCCCUGUGUCUUUUAAUGUAAAAGUGAUGUAAUAAAUCACCCUCAGCUGCCUGACAAAAUUUGUCUCAUUUGUUAUAAGAAAAAUUGCAAAUGGUCUUUAAUUUGUUUAACUAAAAUAUUAGCCAUAGGAUGAGCAGAUAAACAUAUAGAAAUGAAGGCAGAAUCCAGCAUUAGGCAAGAGUUUGUUUUGCACUGAAAUGCUUGCAGAAUCUUUGAAGGAUUUUGUGUAAUACAGAUGACAAUGUGGAAAUUACCAGUAUACUUGAAAAGGCAAAACAAAAAAGAAAUGAUUCAGAAAUAGCUGAACUCAGAAGAGAUAAAAGAUAACCAGAAGAGUUAAUAAAAGAUAACUCAGAAGAGAUAAAAGAUAAAAGGUCACCACGAUGUAAAAAAGAUGUUGAGACUCUAGAAAGAGUACAGAGAAGAGCAACAAAGAUGAUUAGGGGACUGGAGG